UUCUACUGGAUCACACCUCAGCUUUACGUCUUUGGAAAGUUGAUGAUGGUAAGGGCAAUUCUUUGCGUUGAUUUGGUAGUAUUUCUUAGUUUCUUGGCAUUUCUGUCACCAUCUAGAGCUGACGGCGGGUCUGAAACAUGUCAGGUUUCUAAAGAAAAACAGUUGCUUGAAGAAAUGAUAAGAACGCAAGUUAAGGUUGAGGCAAUGUUACAAGAGAUCAGAAAAACAGAGGAGCACGUGGUAUCCGUUUUGGAAUAUCGUAAGCAAGAUGUACAGAAAAGUCUCGAGGAUUUGAAAGAAGAUCAGGCAAAUCAAAAGAAUGAACUUGACAAACUCAAACUGGAAAAUGCAGAUUUGCAACAAAAGAUUCAGUCUGUACAAGAAUCCACUUAUCGAGUACCUAUUGUAUUCUUUGCUGCACGCGGCAUGAAAUCCUCGUAUCUAACCAAUGGACAAACGAUAAUAUUUCCAACAACACUUAACAACCUGGGUUCUGGCUAUAAUAACGGAACAGGGGUGUUCACUGCGCCAGUGAGCGGGCUGUAUCAAUUCAGCGUAAGAUUAUGUCUACUUCAAGACCAAUAUGUCUACGUCGCCAUUGUUUCCGAAAAUGAUGUUAUAAUGAAAACACGUUUGAUAGACGAGGGUGCGACACACAAUGCUUGCAGUUCUGUAAGCGGACUUGCUAUUCUCAAACGAGGAGGUAAUGUUUGGGUGAAAAGUUCAUCUUCUUCAGAUGGAAAUAACGUUUGGGUUAGACCGACAUCAGUCUGGAACACCUUCUCUGGUGCACUUAUAAAUGAAAGUUAUUAACACUCAUUAUGUAAUGCUACCGGUAUAUAAAAAUCUUAUCUUAAAAACUUAUAAGUAGAACAUACAAAGUAAUAAGUAACUUGUAAACAGAAUCAGCAGAUAGUGAAAAAAGUUCCUUUUUCGAUAUAACCAAUGUUAUCUUUUUGCGCCAAAUUGUAAUUAAGACAGGUUUAAAUAUAUAAUGAUUGUUAUAUCUGAUUUAUUUACUCACAUAUG